AUGGACUCUGAGCAGACACUGAUGCCUGGCGCUUUUCCUACGUUGGACGAAAGUAGCCCCAUAAACAGAACCCCCAAGAGACGGUUCGUCGGGAGGAGGACUGCUGAAGCGCAGGCACAGCACAGACAAGAUGCGUUGUCAUCAGUGGAAGAGACGAACGCUGUGGUUCCGAUGAUCCAGCGCAGGACGCCACGGGCGCUGAACCAAGUCCCUCCCGAGAUCCUCGAUGAUCCCGAUAUCCAGGCGGCCAUCGGUUUGCUACCUCACAAUUACAGUUUCGAGAUACCCAAGACUAUACAUCGCAUACGGACGCUGCAGGCUAAAAGGGUCGCUCUGCAAUUCCCCGAGGGUCUCCUCAUGUUCGCAACCACGAUAUCCGACAUCCUGACGCAGUUCUGUCCCGGCACGGAGACGCUGAUCAUGGGCGAUGUCACAUAUGGUGCAUGCUGUAUCGACGACUACACAGCAAGAGCAUUGGGAUGUGAUCUUCUGGUGCACUACGCCCACAGCUGUCUGAUACCGGUGUCGGUCAGCAAGAUCGCCACCCUCUAUAUCUUCGUCGACAUUUCCAUAGAUACAAAACAUCUGGUGACCACCUUGUCUCGAAACAUUCCGCCAGGGAAGACCAUUGCCAUGGUUGGUACAAUCCAAUUCAAUUCGACUUUGCACACCAUUAGGCCUGCGCUGGAGGCGGAAGGGUUGAAGCUGGUGGUGCCCCAGGUCAUGCCAUUGAGCAAGGGCGAAGUGUUGGGGUGCACGGCUCCCAAAAUCACAGCAGAUGCGAAUGUUGAUUUGAUUCUGUAUCUCGGUGAUGGUCGCUUCCAUCUUGAGGCUGCGAUGAUUGCCAACCCCGAUAUUCCUGCGUACCGAUAUGAUCCAUACUCGCGGAAAUUGACCCGGGAGACAUAUUCACACGAGGAGAUGCUCGAUAUGCGGUCCGCUGCCAUCAGUACAGCGAAGAGAGCCAAAAAAUGGGGGUUGAUCCUGGGCGCUCUGGGACGCCAGGGAAAUCCUCAUACCAUGACCAUGAUUGAAAAUUACCUUGACAGACAGGGCAUACCGUACGUCAAUCUUCUGCUCAGCGAGAUCUUUCCGGGAAAGCUGGCCAUGUUUGAGGAUGUGGAUUGCUGGGUGCAGAUUGCAUGUCCUCGAUUAAGCAUUGAUUGGGGUUAUGCCUUCCCUCGACCAUUGUUGACGCCUUAUGAGGCGUUGGUGGCGCUGGGCGGUAAACGGAGCUGGGAAGAAGAGGGUGAGACGUAUCCGAUGGAUUUCUAUGCCAACAAUGGUCUGGGCAGGGUAACUGAAAAGCUGGCUACACAAGUGAAUGUUGCUGGGUGA